CCUGCCAGCUCACGCAGAGUCCUGUCCGCGCACGGAGAUGGAGCGAGAUGAGGUCUGAAAAGGAGCAAAUGACGGAGACUCAGGACAAGGGCGUCGUGGAAAUAAAGUUGAGGGACAACUCGGGAGACCAGGACAACAUUCCCAGGCAGAAAGAAGAGAAAAAGGAGGUUUUUACGAAGGUGGUCAUUCGAAGGCUCCCACCUCACCUGACCAAGGAGCAGUUAGAAGAACAACUCAGCCCGCUUCCUUCGUUUGAUUACUUUGAGUUCUUCCCUGCUGAUCAAAGUCUGUACCCACAUUUGUUCUCUAGAGCCUACAUCAACUUCAAAAACCAGGAUGAUAUCCUUUUGUUCAGAGAUAGAUUCGAUGGCUACGUCUUCAUUGACAACAAAGGUCAGGAGUUCCCUGCUGUGGUAGAGUUUGCCCCCUUCCAGAAAGUCUCCAAAAAGAAGCUAAAAAAGAAAGAUGCUAAAUCUGGAAGUAUCGAGGAAGAUCCGGAAUACAAACGCUUCUUGGAGAACUACUCAUGCGAUGAGGAGAAGUCGAUGGCCAACCCUGAGACCCUUCUGGGGGAAAUUGAGGCUAAAACCAAAGAGCUUAUAGCCAAAAGGACAACACCCCUGUUGGAGUACAUCAGAAACAAGAAAAUGGAAAAACAGCGAAUACGAGAGGAAAAGCGUGAGGAGCGACGGCGGCGAGAGUUUGAGAAGAAGCGACAGCGAGAGGAGGAGAAACGAAAGCGACGUGAAGAGGAGCGGCGCAAACGGAAAGAAACUGAGAAGCAGAAGAAACUCACAGACAAAGACAUCAAAAUUAAGCUGCUGAAGAAAAGCGACAGGGACGAUGACAUGGACUCAGACAACGUAAAAGACAAAAGUGAAGUCGGGGAAAUGGAAAGGGAGAAAUGGGAAAAGACGGCUGGACAGAUGAAGUUAAAGGAUUCCAAGGAAAAAAGUCAGCCUGAAAGUGACAAGGAGGCAGCAAGCAGCCGAAGGCAGCGAGACAAGGAGCAUCGCGGGAAAGAUGACGACAGGAAGCGUCAGAGGCACCACUACGACUCGGACAAGUUCACGCGGCGCAAAGACGAGACCAAGUGGGGCAAGGGCUACUGCCAGGACCGCACCAAGAAGGAGGGCCAUCACCACACCUACUCCUUCUGCCCUGAUAGCGGCGACCAGCAGAUGAAGGAGGACAGGGACGAGCUGGCAAACAGAAAGGAGCGCCUCCGAAACAAGGUGAGCGAGAAGGACCGCCCGGCCAUGCAACUGUACCAGCCCGGCGCGCGAAAUCGCAAGGGUGUCAACUCGGCUGGCAAAGGCUAUGACUGCAUGCCAGUAGGCCACUCGCCCGAAGGAGAGGUGGCGGGAUGCUUCGAGGUGGUCGCCAUGGCAGCGGUGCAGGACAAAGCAUAUGACAACAGCAAUGAUGAGCAAUUGUAAGAGAAUAAUAGGGUUUCAAACCAAUCAUCAUAUUUAUCUUCUGACAGUGUACAUAACAUUAAAUUAUUUUCGAUACAUUCCACUAUGUUUGAAUUGUAUAAAUGAAUGGCACAAGGCUACACUUUUAUUGUGGAAUGAAAAUCAUAUGGUGAA